GUGGCUAAUAAACGUGUAUUCCACCUAUCCAGCCGCUCCCUCUCCGGCAGCCGCCGCCGCCGCCAGUCCUCCCCAGCAUCCGCUGGUCCUCUCCGCCCGUGCUCUCCCUCGCCUCCCGAUCCCAGCUGCACAUCCGACCCCGCACCCUGUCGAUGAAGCCCCGGAUCCAAGGAUCUGCUCGAGCUCGGCAUGUCGCGGGCCGACCCAGUGCUCGACACUUAUGGAGAAGAACGCGGAGGCGUGGGAUUCAUCUCCACCGGAUCGACGGCCUUGGCCGUCGGAACCGCCAUGCCGACGCCUUCCUCUCCGUCGUCCGGCGCUCGGAGCCUUCGCUCGUCCGCGGCUUCCACCGCCCUACGCGGCUGCUCUGCACCCUAUCCUGACCAGGUGCCGCGCAUAUGGCGACAAAGCGCGCGGCAGAGGACGGAGGGGCGUGUGGUCGUUGUCGCCGUCAGUGGCUGCACCGAGAGGUCUCUGCCGCCUUCUCCGGCCAGAUCCAGCCGAACCUGUUUCACAUGCAUCUGGGCCGAGGAGGCGACGACCCGACCAGCCCAGUAGCUCAACACUGCCUUGUUGCCCCUGUUCUUCACCAGCAACAGUCUCCCUUAUGCGGUUAUUAAUGUUCAAGCCAUGCCCUUUUCCUUACAUGAACAUCAAACCUACGUUUAUGUCCUAUCUGAUAUGUGUGGUGGGCUGCUGCUGUGCGAUUGCUAGCUGUGCUGCUACUUGUGGGUCCUUGUAGUUGUUUGGCUUCCACUCAAUUUCAACAUGUUUCAGAUUUCCACAACAAUUCCACAUUGUCAUAAUGAUUUACCUGCAUCUUGGUCUCCUCAAUACGCACCCCGAAGCACUUGAGAAUCCUUUAUUCACCUUGUCAAUGCCUUGCUUUGUAAAUUUUUUGCAUAGUUAUAUGGAUGAGUUUGAUGGCAUGAGUGUACGUUAUUUGAAGCUUACCCAUUAAUCUAUUGUUUCUCAGGUUUGUGCAUUUCCAAGCCCUGCCUUAAGACACGACGCUGGAGGAUGAUGCCGACCAUGGCGCGGACUCCAGCCAAUGGGAUCCGACAUGGUAGUCUUCUCCAAGGAGCGGUGGUCGAUGCCGACGAGUAGGGGCCCUCGGUUGCCAGCCCUCCUCCCGCCGCUAUCCUCCACAUCCCCGAUGAAUAGGAUCCAGAGAAGCACAAUGUGUUCUUCCUCCCUUAUGUCUAUGUGGAUGUUGGGUUAAUUUUUAUAAAUAGAUGAUGUAAUUGCUUUGUUAUUUCGUUCAAUUAAUAGUAAAAUUGAUGAGGCAAUUGGAACAACCGAGCAACAAUUUUACUUCAGAUCGACGCCAUUGAGGUCAUCUCUGUCACUAGCAAGUUGCAUAAGAAAGAGUGCAGCGUUGCAGAGGCAUGAAUGAAAAAAGUUAGUCUGGGAGACAGUUAUAAUUGUGAGUCCCUCAAUUAUAGAGCGGAUCCAGGUGAAAUUUCCUUGCAUCGAAAGUCAGUUUGAUCUAAUUUGGAUCAUCACUUCGAGCUGUGCGCAUCCCUGAAUCACAAAGGUGCCGGGUCGUGGCUUCGGUUGCUUCUUCUUCCGGCUGUGGUUUAUUGUUUUCCCUGCUUCCUGGUUUGACUGUUCAGGGUUUUGUUUGCCGGAUUCUUUGCAGGUAUUGCUCUUCUGAGGUUUAGGGAGAUGGCAGAGGCUGAUCCGUGUGGUGCUCUGCUGGAUUGGGAUGAAGGCCACGCUGGUCCUUCUUGGUUUGGCAUGCAGUGCUCGGAUGAUGGGUGGGUCAUAGGCCUGAACUUGUCAAAUCUUGGUCUGAAGGGAAUGUUAUCUCCUAAGAUUGGACAGCUUUUUAAUAUGCAUUUUCUUGUACUGCACAAGAACUUAUUCUAUGGUAUUAUCCCUAGAGAGAUGGGAGAUUUACGAGAGCUGACGGUGUUGGAUUUGGGGCACAAUAACUUCAAUGGAUCAAUUCCAUUAGAGCUAAUAAACAUUUUAUCCCUGGAAUUUAAGUGCGUGCGAACUUUGAUAUAUGUUUUUUUUCAUUUCUGCUUAACUUCAAAACUUGACUGACCUUACUACUUGAAUUGUAGCUUUCUUAAAGGAAACAUACUUUAUGGUGAUUUACCUCUUGAACUAAAUGAGCUCAUCAGUCUGUGUGAGUCUCAGGUUCGCCAUGGCAGGUCUUUCUCAAAUAGGAUGCACACUGCAAGGUUUGUCUAAGUUUUCUUCUACUUGCAUAUCUGAGAGUUAAACUCGUGAUUAUGCAAGGCUUGAGUUAAGUUUUCAAAUCAAACAGGGAUUUGAGCAAGCUUGAUUUUGGUUAAAAAAUCCCACCCUGUUCCUGCAAUCACAUGUAUGUUAAUGAUAUCUGAAAUAUUUGAGAAUUAUCUGUUUCGACUCAAGAAAUAUCUGACUUCUUUUAGGAACAUUUCCUCCACAAAAUGGUAAAUUAAAUCCGAGUCAGCAUCCUUGAAACCCAGCCUAAACCCCCACAAAUAACCUCACUCCGGACGAACCCUAGACCCAAAUCUGUAGACAAUGCCAUGUUGAAAGAUAGGCUUGCGAAGAAUCGGCUCAAGAAUUCCUGAGGGUACUUCUGUCUUUAUCAUAUUUGUUCUCACACCUUGGGCAUUGUGUUUUCCCACUGCAACGCACGCGUCGACCCACAGUCCUCAUAUUAAGUGAACCAGAAGCGGUACAUGCGAGAGAAAAGAAAAACAAACCCAGCCACCAGCACGACCCUUCCUCUUGAUCCCAUCUGGACCUUUAGUAUUCUCGGGAUAUAUCUGAUUAUGAUGAUGUUCCGUACUGCUCUGGAGCGGAUAAAUAUUUGGACUGCUCGAUGUUUAUAACCAAUGAGACUACUUUUUUGGUUGUUGGCUGGAGGCUGGAGCUAUCACUGUGACUGAAAUUUUCUUUUCACCAAA